UAUACUAUUUAGGAUUUUCGUUCCGCACGCAGCCCUUCUGAUGUUAUUCGUGCAUCAUGAUUGUUGAUUAUUCUGUGCGAAUUGCGGACAAAGUAUCAACGAGUGCGAAUGUGUCUGGUUCUACGCUUACCACAUGGUAUAUAAAGUAAAGUGAUGUAUUUCACAUAAAUAUGAACUUUUGUUAUUAACGCAGAGUGUGCUAAAUGAAGAAUAUGAGGUAGCAACGUGAAAGAGAUUAACUCAUUGGUGAAUAACACUGAUCAACAUGGCAGAGCAGCAGCAAUCACCUCCUGGUAUUAAACAUAUGUCCUUGGAUAAAAUAAUCGAAGCUAUGACCGCAGAGCUGGAGAGUUCAAGUAGUCCUUACGUCCAAUUUGGCAUCACUCCGCAGCAAGCAACCUCUCACAAUUGGGGCGAUUACGCUUCUGGCCAGACUAGGCAUCACAUUACAACCAGCCAACCGACGCAUUCCAAUCCAUCGGGGAUGCAGCCAAUGACUCCAAUGACCACUUCUCUGUACAUGUCAGAUAUGCCAGGUUACGAUUCUCCAACCACGGAUUCAAUAUAUUUUCCACCACAGACAGUAAAUCAGACGGUAAACUUAGGCAUUAAUGAAAACAAUGAUCUCAUUGGCACCAUUGAUGUCGGAGGUGGAAAUUAUAUCAAUGUUAUUUAUGGGAAUGCUUCUCAAAUUAUGGCUGAGCAGUGUCAACUGUCAAACAUGGCACCUUAUGCCAAUCAGAGCAUGGUUAAUCAGGAGUACGGUCUGUUUAAUGACCAACAUAUGUCUGUGCCGUCGGAAUUGCCGAGUCAAAACUUUAAUGGCAAACAACUGAUCGAUAAUCUAGUUGGGAACUGGGUGCCAAAUCAGUCCGGAACAUAUAGUCCGUUCGGUGGUUCUCCUAAUAUCACGCCUGUACCGCAAUCUGUUCCCGAUAUGAGAGAGAAUGAAGAACUACCUAGAAGCAUGUCGGACUCUCAAUACAAGAAACCAAGGAUGGUGGCAGAAGUGAAACCUAUGCGACCGUCUUACUCGGACGUUUUGACCAAAUCUGCACCAACUCCGCCGUCACCAUUAACAGUUCAGUCUAUGAAGCCGAAAAUUGAGACGACCGGCAAGAAGGUCUCCAAUAAGAGCUCCAAGAGCAAGAACAAACCAGCGCUAUUAAAGCGGCAGAAUUCAUCCGGCAGCGACGAUCACAACUCCCCGAAGAUACAGAUCCCCAGGAAAGUUUUGGAAAAAAAUUCUUCCAAUCUUCCAAGACGUUGGGUGUCGUUGGACAAUCUCGGCUCGCAGUCCGAUUCUCGUCAGAUAAAUACUUUCGACAGAUCUGAUCACUUUGAGAAGAAAAAAACUGUCAAACUGUCUAAAAAAGGGGAAAAGAAUGAGACUCUUAACAAUACCAAAAUACAAAACAGUAAUCCAAAAACUGCUGGAAAUAUUCCGAAACGUCCGAUACAGAUAAACAACAACCUAAGUACAAUUAAUACUUCCAGUCAGACGGUUUCUCCGGAGAAAAUCGAGAAAAAUCAGCAAGUUAUCAAUAAGUUCAGUAAAGAAGAUAAGAAAGUGAUCAAGGAGAAAAAUCCUAAACGCUAUCAGGCUGAGAAGACACAGCAAAUUAAGAAAGGACAAAGAAACAGAAGAAGAGAAAAUAGAGAAUCUCCUGUCAAGGAUUUAUGUAAGAAUUUAAAUAAAUAUGCAACACGUUGGAGCAAAGUUAUAUUGAAAAUCUUUUAUUGGCUGUUGCAUCUUAUUUCUGAUGUCGUUAGCAUGAGUGCUAAUCUCGUCGUACAGCUUGGCAAAUGGGCUUGGUACCAUAGCAUACUUUACUUGAAAGGUUGGUGGAUGUAUGUGGUUGUAACAUUUUGUAAAAUUCGCGUUCUAAAUGCUAUCGGCAAACAAUUAGAUAACUGGUUUGGAAGUAGCAAGUUUGCGUUUUGGCGAAAGAUAAACACUAAAAGUGAAGAAAAAGAGGACAGUGGCAACUGGAUUCACGGCGGACUGGAAACCAAUAUUUCAUUACCUAGUACUGGCGAAGAAGCUAUGAAAAGAUUACUAGCUUGUAAAGGAAAGGACCCGUAUAGCAUACUUGGCGUUACACCAACGUGUUCGGAUGAUGAUAUCAAGAAAUAUUAUAAAAGACAAGCUUUCUUAGUUCAUCCGGAUAAAAAUAAUCAACCAGGGGCUGAAGAGGCGUUCAAAAUUUUAGUACAUGCCUUCGAUAUCAUCGGAGAACCGGAACGAAGACAAGCGUUUGAUCAAACUAGGCAAGUUGAAGCAGCUUGGGGCGAACUCAGUGAUUUGCUGUCUCAGCUUCAUCGGAAGAUGGAACAGGCGGCAAAUACUAUAAGAUGUACAAAUUGUGGCUCAAGACACAAACGUAUUCCUACGCAACGUCCUUGUUAUGCCGCACGGUUUUGCACCCAAUGUAAAAUACGUCACGGCGCGAAAGAAGGAGAUAUCUGGGCAGAGUCUCGUUUAAUGGGUUUUCGAUGGCACUAUUAUGCGUGCAUGGAAGGGGCGGUGUAUGACGUGACUGAAUGGGCGGCUUGCCAGGCCGGAAAUCUCAAACAUCUUAGAGCAAACACGCAUAGCGUCCAGUAUAGAAUCGUCUUAGGGCAGAGAUUACCAUCUCAAACAUCCAGUAGCGGUAAAAAGCGGCAGCAAAUAGAUCCAAAUACAAGCGAAGCAGAUAUCGAAGACUUUCUGAACAAUCUCUACAACCAUAGCAAAUCUGGCGGUGCUAAUACAUCAGGGGAGCAAAACUCUUUUAGAGGAGAUUGUAGACGACGUAAGACCAAGCGUAAGAAGUAGACAGAAAGUGGUGUAACGAUGAACAAUUGAGCGUUCGGUAUCAAUAUUGUAUCAUUACACGAAGUAAUACAUAUAUUAUACAGUUUCUGAAAUUUACAUUAUCCUUGAGCAAUUGACUUUAGAAUAUAGGUAUAUAUUACGAAUACGCAGCGAUGUGCGGCUAAUACGCGAUAUGAGAUUACGAGAAAUUGUGUUCAAGGCGAAUGGCGUGUAGAAAUCAUUACAUUAAAUUAAAUCAUAAUGCGCAACAUCACGAAGCUCGGGAAUUAUAGGGGUGUAUCAUAGUAAUAACACGCAGUGACAAAUAUCCUGUUAACAAACUAUUCAUGUUCAGGAUAAUAAUAUACGUCAGUCAGUAUAUUUUGCCAGUUUAACAUAAUAAAGACGUUUAAUUUUUCGGGUUAUAAAACGAUAAUUGAAGAUGCCAAAUAACGAUUAUAGAAGCAACUUGAUUUGGAUUAUAUCGCAGAGCUAUAUUUGAACAUAGAAGUUCUGAUAUAUAUAUAUAUAUAAAAAAGUUUGUAUCUUCCUGGUACAAUGUUAUGUUGUAAUUUUAUGCGUGUGUUCUUCCAAAAUAAAAGAUAACAGAAUGGACGAUUAGGUUAUAUUUAUUAUUAAAAUUAUAGAGAUUUCAUUGUGUAUUUAAUUUUUAAACAAUUAUGCAUCUUGCGGUUCUGAACUGGAAAGAAUUGGCAAAUACGGAAGAAGACUGAUAUUUUCUCUCAUUCUCUGUUACUUAUAAGUUAUAUACUAUAUAUUAGUUAGAGAAAUUUUAAUGAUAUGCUCCUGCUAUGUGUGAAAAUAGUUUGAAUUCUUUAGCUUGAAAUUAGUCUGCAAAUCCCACUCUCUUAAUAUUUAUAUAUGUAUGUUUCUCUUAUGUAAUACAAAACUCUAAAAUGGAGAAAAUAUUAUGUAUGUAUACGAUGUUACAUUACACAAAAGCUGCACAGUCAAUUGUAUAGAAAAGAAAAAAUUAGUAUUCAUUAUUAGCAGGAAUAACAUGUGAAUUAUAAUAACUAAAGUCUCAUACAUAUGUGCAUGCGCAUAUAUAUGUGUGUAUAUAUAUAUAUAUAUAUAUAUAUAUAUACACACAUACAAAUAACCUCAUAGUGCAGCAAGAAUAAGAAAAGUAAAAUUGAGUAGCUAUGUUAAUAUAGCUAAUAUCAUCUUACUACUUUAUCAAUGAUUAAUAUUGUGUAUGUGUACAUUAAUAUAGACACUUUUUAUAAGUUUUAACAUCUAAUAUGUAACUUGCUACAUUAACUUUUCUUUUGCAAAGCGUUGUGAACUACAUAAUACUUUACAUAUGUAAACCAAUUUAAGAUGUGUACCGAUGGAAAGUGUAAUAAAUGAAUUUAAAACAAGA